AUGGCAGGACUGAAUUUCUUUCGCAGAAAGAAAACGAAAUCAGACGCUAAAAAAGGGAAAGUAACCGACAAGCAGCAUGGGGUAUCAUCAGAAAGCGCCGGGAGGCACGGCGUAGCACGGAGGACAGUUAGGGAUCGAUCAGUGUCCAAUCUGCAGGCGGAGCGCGACACAGGUGGGGUUUCCAAGCCUUCUAAAAAUCCUUCAAACCGUAGUUUCAAGAAUUACUCGGAAAAAAAACGACGAAGUCCCCCGUCUGAGAAACUGAAGCAUCGUACAUCUGAGAUUGUAAAGUCCAAACUAGGUCAUUUAAACUCCAGUCUUGAUAGUUCCAAGGAAGGUAGCGAAAAUAAUAAAGCAAAGGGCGAAUCUCCAAAUAACUCUUACACCAAUUUGGCAUUUCAUCCAGCAAGUUCUCAAACAGUCGACGGACAAACCAUUACAAAUCCUGAAUCUGGAGCUAGCGGUCUCGGAGGUCAACAGGAAGACUCUGGUGGUUUUUUCACUAGCAUCUUUUCCGCUGCACAUUCAGCAGCGAAUCAUCUUCUAAACAAAUCCAGUGGAAAGCUGUCAUCUUCGGAGCCCGAAGUUAAAACCAUACCCGAGAACCAACUGGAUCUGAAACAGGAAUCUCAAGAACAAAACCCCAACUCAUCAUUUUUGCAACAUUUGGACUUUUUGCUAUCUCCGGGACCUGUGAGCCAAAACCCCGAUUCUAGUACCUUCUUGUCACCCAGUUCUAAUUUGAACACACAGACAAAGUCUUCACUUGGAAUUUCUUUAAGUAGACAAUAUUCUGGCAUAUCUGGUACCGCGAGUAUUGCUGCAGGUGAGAAUGAUGGCACGUCGGUUGCUGAGACAGAUUUGAUAUCUUCGGCGGAGGGAAUUCAUUUCCGUUCGCGUAAGGGAGAGUCUACCAUAGCUACUCUGGGUAGGGGUAAUUUGACAUUGGAUGCCCUCGCGGGCGCGAACUCUGAUGAUACUCCGCUGGAUGCGGGUUCAUCGAGGGAGAGUAGUGCCGCAGAACAAGUGUCACCUGCUCAGCACGGCAAUUCCGUUAAUGAUCAAAGACAGAGAGGAAAAACACUUAAUGCAAUUGAUCUUGGCGGAGUGCCUUUAAAUGGUCCAAAUUUCACGGUGGCACUUUCACCUGCCGUCAGUGAUCCUGGUGGGCAUGGAAAUAAGUCGAAGGUUGUUCGGGGUGUUGAACCUCCUCAAGUUGAUGCUAUGAGCCAGCGCAACAACGAUGUGUUAGAGAACGAUCGCAGUUUUGUAAGACCCCAAAAUGUUAACCAAUUGACGCUGAGAACUAUUCCUUCUAAAGGUAUCAGAAAUUCUAUGCAAAGGAUGAGGUCUCUGAGUUUGGGAGGCGAGCGCCAAAUUCCAUCUCCUUCCGUUUCUUCUGAUGAGGAGCUGUCAAAGUCGGGUGAGAAAAAUAAGAGGAAUCGGCGCCUUUCAGCUCACAUCUCUGAAAGGAAGAUGGAUGAAUUUCAUACCUUGUUUAGGGAGUCAGGUGUUACUCAAGGUGAGAAAUUACUGGCCGACUACAGUUGCGCGCUUUCGCGAGAUAUUUUGCUGCAGGGCCGAAUGUACAUUUCGGCAGAACAUGUUUGCUUUAAUUCUAGCAUUUUGGGAUGGGUUACAAAUGUUGUCAUUCCAUUCAAGGAAAUAGUGCAAAUUGAAAAAAGAUCUACAGCGGGUAUAUUUCCUAACGGGAUAAUAUUUCAAACCCUGCACUCGAAGUAUAUAUUUGCAUCGCUACUCUCUCGAGAUGCAACAUUUGACUACAUCACGAACAUAUGGAAUGAAACGGUUUCGGGCACAGGACGCAACAAGUCUUCGAACAGUUAUCUUGAGAGCUCUUCUCUAAGGUCUAGCAAUAUUGGUUUGGACUCCAGCUUCGAUAGUAAAAUUCAACAGGAUCACCAAACAAUAUCAGAUCAAUUUUCUAGCGAUGAAGAAACAUCAGAGGAGGAAUACACAGAAGAAACGUCCGCUGCGGAGAGCGAUUUGGGUGAUUCUUCUUCUGAGAUCGCCAAUGGAGAAUUUCGGAUUGGCAAAAAAUCGAAGAUUUCUACCCUGGGGCCAACACAGCAUGCACCCACUUCAGAAAAUCUUCCAACUGCUAAUGAUGAGAGAGUUGUUGCCGAAACUGUCCUCGAAGCGCCUUUAGGUAAGGUGGUCAAUAUUUUGUUUGGCGACGAUGUUUCUUUCAUUAGAAGAAUCUUACAAGCUCAAAAGAACUAUGAGAUUUCAAAAAUUCCUGGCCUCAUAUCUUCUAAGGAAAGGACGUUCUCGUACACAAAACCAUUAGGUGGUUCGAUCGGACCGAGUAAAACCAGUUGUGAAAUAACAGAAACGCUUGAACAUUACGAUUUAGACGAUUAUGUUAAAGCUGUUCAAGUAUCCAAAACACCGGACGUACCCUCUGGAAAUGCCUUUGUCGUCAAAUCUACACUAUAUUUGUCAUGGGCGCCUCGAAAUUGCACAAAACUAAUCGUUCUCGUGGCGGUAGAUUGGGUAGGCAAGAGUUGGCUCAAGACUGCGAUUGAGAAGGGCACCUUUGACGGUGUUACUGGCACCACAAAGAUAAUGAUCGAAGAAAUAAAUAAGAUAAUCCACAAGGAAGAGGGAAGUUCAACGACUAGUCCAACAACUGGAGGGGAAAGCGAAGGCUGGAAUUUACCGUCAAAAGGGCCCCAGGAACAUGACAAGACAGAGCCAGGUUACACUAAGGAGGAUGGAGAUGUUGUUAUUAAUGACGCUGUAACCGUACCAGCCCCUCUAGGAACUGUGUUCCAGCUGCUGUUCGGCGAUGAUGUAUCUUACCUGGAAAAAAUUCUUGAAGCCCAAGGCAACUUCGAUAUAUCAAGCAUUCCAAAAUUCAAGAAUGACGUUAGAGAGUAUCAAUUUACCAAGCCUCUGAGUGGCCCAGUGGGCCCGAAGAAAACCAAAUGUUUCAUAGAGGAGAAAAUAGUGUUCAACGAUUUCGAGGACCAAAUAGUCGUCAAACAAACGACAAGGACUCCUGACGUUCCUUCUGGAUCUUCCUUUUCCGUCGAGACUAGGUUUUAUCUGCAUUGGGGCGCAAAUAAUUGCACUCGCAUAUUUGUAGUCUCUAAUGUGAUAUGGACCUCUAAAAGCUGGAUCAAAGGUGCUGUGGAAAAGGGUUCGAUAGAUGGUCAGAAAGCCUCUAUCAGAGUCAUGCAACAAGAGCUUAAAAACAUCAUUGCAAAUGCUGGCAGAGUUAAGAAGACGCCAAAUAAGAAGGCGACCAAAGCGAAGAUAACGAGAGCAAAAGCAUCAAACGAAAAGCCUGGGCCCGAAAGCCCUAAAGGAUUUAAUCCAAAGACUAUUUUCAAUUGGAUAUCGUCUCUAUCGUUGACGUACCAAAUAUUGGGCGUUAUCAUUUUGUUUUUGGGGCUAGUUGCGCUUUUCACACAUUCGACCAAUAGAGAGACCAAUAAUUUCCGUAUCAUAGGGCCUGGGCAGAUUGCCAUUGGAGGCGAGACCUACAAUUACGCACCAACUCUCAAUACCCUAUAUGGUGCCUACGAACAACAGGCUCGCUCUGCUCGUCGCACUUCUCAAGCCCAGAACAUUGUGCUCAACUCCGAGGGUCAGCUGUGGGAGUGGAUACAAGAUCGCGGAACUAUCUUACAGGACAACCGCUCCCAGCACUAUUCGAAAAAGUGGCUGACGACUCACAAACGCCAGGACGUGCAGGAAGCGAUUCGAUUGGCCGAAUCUAAACUCAGAGAGCUAAAGCUGCUUUUGGAAGAUUCAGAAUAA